GUAGUAUCAGUGGCUACCACUCGGUGUCCUGACAGUAAAAGAGUUGACUGCUAGUUGCAGUAAUAGUAGUAUACAAAUGAACGCAGGUAGCCACUGACAUUUGGGAUUUUCGUUCACAACAUAAACACGGGAUGGCGAAGCGGCAGCGACUGGACCUGUGUCCGUUCUUAAUUGCGAGUAGAACUAGCAGAAGCGCCACAACGGCCUUGUUUGGAUAUAUUCAUUUAUUUAUUGGAAUAGUUCACAUGGUACAAGCUGAAAAGGAAGCUUUCAUCCAGUCAGAAAAUAUUCUAGAAGUGCUGCGUUUCGAUGAAGGCUUGUUGCAGACUGACACAGGCAUUGACCUCAGUUCAUAUCAACAGAAAAGUGCAUCCCUGCAUCGGGGGAACUGUAGGCCUAUCAGGUUUGAACCACCGAUGUUGGACUUUCACGAACAGCCUGUUGGGAUGCCAAAAAUGGAAAAAGUUUACUUACAUAAUCCUAGUUCAGAAGAAACAAUUAUUUUAUUAUCAAUAUCAGCAACAACAUCACAUUUUCAUGCAUCAUUUUUUCAAAAUGGGAAAAUUACCCCAGGAGGAAACACAUCAUUUGAUGUAGUAUUUCUUGCAAGAGUAGUGGGAAAUGUAGAAAAUACAUUAUUUAUUAACACAUCACACCAUGGCGUGUUUACAUACCAGGUGUUUGGUGUUGGCAUACCCAAUCCUUAUCGAUUACGCCCCUUUAUAGGGGCAAGAGUUCCUGUAAAUAGCAGUUUUUCACCAUUAAUAACAAUACACAAUCCUCAUAGUGAACCUUUACAGGUUGUAGAAAUGUAUUCUAGUGGAGGAGAUCUGCAUCUCGAGCUUCCCACAGGUCAACAAGGGGGUACCAAAAAAUUAUGGGAAAUUCCACCAUAUGAAACGAGAGGUGUGAUGAGGGCCAGCUUUUCAUCACGAGAUGCAGAUAAUCAUACAGCCUUCAUCAGAAUAAAAACAAAUGUGUCUGAUAACACAGAAUUUAUUAUAUUACCUGUAGAAGUGGAAGUCAGUGCAGCACCAGGAAUUUAUUCAUCAAUAGAAAUGUUGGAUUUUGGUACACUACGGACACAAGAUGUUCCAAAAAUUUUAAAUCUUCAUCUACUGAAUUCAGGAACAAAAGAUGUACCAAUUACAAGUAUUAGACCCACACCACCUAAUGAAGCUGUAACAGUAGACUUCAAGCCUAUUACUUUAAAAGCAACAGAAAGUAAAUAUACCAAAGUUGCAAGUAUUAGUUUUGAUGCUUCAAAGGCCAAAAAAACAUCACAGUUUUCUGGGAAAAUUAUUGUUAAAGCAAAAGAAAAAUCCUACUCAAAACUUGAAAUUCCUUAUCAAGUGGAAGUGUUAGAAGGAUAUUUGGGGUUUGAUCAUGUUACAACAUUAUUUCAUAUCAGAGACAGUCCUGCUGAUCCUGUGGAACGGUCGAUACACCUUAUCAACACUUUUAACUUUGCAGUUCUCAUUCAUAAUGUCUCUUUGCCAGAAGAAGGGAAAACCAUGUUUAAAGUCCUAAACUUCAGUGAACCAGUUUUAAUUCCGCCUCAUCAAUCCCAGUACAUAUUUUCACUCCUUUUUUCACCUUCUUCCUCAUCUAUUCAUAUAGACAGCAAUAUAUUGCUCAUCACCAAUGCUUCUAAAUUUCACUUACCUGUGCGGGCAUACACAGGAUUUUUGGAUUACUUUAUACUCCCCCCAAAUCAGAAGGAGCGUAUCAUAGAUUUUGGGAUACUAAGUGCCACUGAAGCCAGCAGCAUUUUAUUCACUGUUGUCAACAGUAAUCCAAUUGAGCUGGCUGUAAAGAGCUGGCAUGUGAUUGGGGAGAGCCUGUCUGUGGAGCUGCUGACUUCAGAAAAGCACAGUAAAAACAUAAUGCUUGAUGGCCUUCCAGAUGUGGAAAAUUACACUGCAUCAGAUCAGUCAUCGGUUAUUUUAGCAUCAGGAUAUUAUGCAGUAUUCCGAGUAACACUGGAUACGAAAGCACUAGAAGGAGCCUACAGUGGAGCAAUACAGAUUACAACAGACUACGAGAUAUUAACAAUUCCAGUUAGUGCAGUUAUCGCUGUGGGUUCGCUUACUUGCACACCCAGCAACAUUGUUCUUCCAGUUUCCUUUCCGGGAAAAAUAGUUCAUCAGAACUUAAAUAUAAUGAGUUCCUUCUCACAGAAGGUGAAACUACUACGAAUACGUUCACUGGCCGAGGAUGUACGGUUUUAUUACAAGCGAUUGCGAAGUAAUAGAGAAGAUUUAGAAGCAAAAAAGAAGUCAAAGAUAGCAAAUAUUUAUUUUGAUGCUAGUUUACAGUGCAACGAUCACUGUUAUGUGGGAUUGCCUUUUUUAUCAAAAUCUGAGUCAAAAAUGCAGCAUAGUCUGGCAAUGCAAGAAGAUGUGUGGGAUUCAGACUGGGAUGUACACGAACAAUUAUACAAAAAAUGGACAGAAGUUGAGAAGACAGGUCACAUCAUUCAUGCACAAUUUGAAGUUGAUACAGACCUACAGAAGAGUGUGCAGGCUAAAGUUACAGCAGAACUCAUAUGGCCUUCCUUAAUCAAUACCACACAUCAUAUAAACUUCCCCCUCACUAACAAAAACAGCUCUUCUGAAGAAGAGGUAAUUUUAGAAAAUCCAGCAGAUGUUCCUGUUUACGUCCAACUCCUUCCCUUACUGUUGUACUCCAAUGCCUUUAUAUUUACAGACAAACUAAUUGAAAGGUUAAAAUUGAGCAGAUUUUCAAAUAUAGAUUCAAAAUCAUUGGCAUUUCAAGUUUUCAGUAAUAAUACACAGGCAGCUAAAAUACGUUCAGGAUUUACAGAAGGUCUUACACGACAUUCAGUUUUAAAUGUCAUUCUCAAACCUGGGGAAAGAAGAUCUGUAAAAAUUAGAUUCACUCCAUUUCACAAUGAAACUGAAACAUCUUUAAUCAUUAUAAGGAAUAAUCUUACAGUAAUGGAUGCCAUAUUGGUACAAGGCCAAGGAACAACAGAAAGUCUGAAAGUUGGGGGAAAGCCUGUGGGUCCAGGGAAUUUUCUAAGAUUUAAAAUUACAGAAGCAUCUCUUAGAGACUGUUCAGACAGAGUCAGAAUUAAAGAGCCAAACUUUACACUGAAGAGAAUAUUUAAAGUGGAAAAUGCAGGACAGCUUCCAGUAUAUGUGAAAUCCCUGGAGAUAAGUGGAUAUGCUUGUGAAGGAUAUGGAUUUAAAGUUGAUAAUUGCGAAGAGUUUGCACUAAAACCAAAUGCCUCUAAAGACAUUGUUAUAUUGUUUACACCUGAUUUCACAGCCUCCAGAGUUAUUCGAGAACUGAAACUAGUAACUGCAGGGGGCUCGGAGUUUGUGUUUGUAUUAAAUGCUUCACUUCCUUACCACAUGUUAGCAGCUUGUGCAGAGUCCCUGCCUAGACCAAACUGGGAGCUGGGACUAUACAUAAUCAUCUCAGGAAUAAUGAGUUUUCUUUUUCUGUUAGUAAUUGGAACAGCUUAUUUGGAAGCUCAAGGAAUCUGGGAGCCAUUUAGAAGACGUCUGUCAUUAGAGGCGUCCAACCCUCCCUUUGAUUUGGGAAGGCCAUUUGAUCUCAGGAGAAUCGUUGGUAUUUCAUCUGAUGGAAACUUGAAUACAUUUGGAUCAGAUUCAAAUUCCAACUCUACACGAGGACUGUAUGGAACAGAGAGUUCUUCAUUAAAAUCGAGUUUAGGGACUCAGCGGCAGUGUAGCAAUGUAACAUCACAGGUGCACAGCAAUAGAAACUCAACAGACACUGAAAGUGCAAAAUCAAAAAACAUUUCAAAUAGUACUUCUAGAACAGCCUCACAAAUAUCAUCAAACCAGACUAGUAACAGAACAAACAGUAUUGUUUCAGAAACUACUGUAAUUCAGAGUCAACAGAACAGACGGUUCCGUUCAGGCAAGCAGAUCCAACAAGCCUGUCAGCAGCAGACUGUAGUUUCACAGGAGCCACAUUUACAGCAGCUAUCAACAGUGUCUCAGUCACAGCAGCAGCAAGAACAGACUGAGAAUACAACACUGCUUCAGGCCACACAGUUCAGUUCUCCACACAUAAACUGUUCCAACUCAAGGCAUAGCUCAGAGGAUUCAGAUAUCACCAGCCUCAUGGAAGUAAUGGAUAAAGAUCUUGACCAGCCUGACACAACCUCUUGUGAUGUAUUUACAGAACAGCCCUCAUCUCCAACAGAAAAAAGUAAAGGGAAAUUAAAACUUCCAUUUAAGUCCAAAUUGGAAAAGAAACGCAGAGACAAGAGAGGGAAAGGAAGACAGCAGGAGGAUGAGCUGAAGGACAUGCUUGCUGAUGAUGACAGUUCUUCCACUACUACAGAAACAUCCAACCCUGACACAGAAGCACUUCUGAAAGAGGUGAGGGGAAUGGAUGACAUGGAACCAGAAAAGAAAAAAGAAGCACAGCCACCACCUGAGAAACUAAAAGAAGAAAAUGAGAUAGUAUUUCAGGUUAAACCAAAAUACAGGAAAUCCUUUGGUAACAAAAAAGGAAGCCAGACUGAUGUAAAGGCAAGUUCCUUGGAGUUGCCCUACACUACACCACUAGAAAACAAGCAGCGCAAGAGCCUUGCAACAAAGUUGUCAUUACAUCAGGUGUCAUCAAGCAGCUCAAAACUGAGAAAUCUUCCAAAAUCAAGAGGUCCAAAUAGCAAGCUCUCUGAUGGAAGGCCGUCAGUACCAUUUAAGUUGUUUUCCUGCAGUUCGGGUCUAGAGCUUGGAAACACCAGCAGUUCUGAAGGUGAAAAAGACUCUUCUCCCCCAGAGUGGGAUUCUGCACCAAUGCCCUGUCAGGACAGCUCUGAAGACAGUCUCUAUCAGCUCUCUUUGCAGACCCGCAGUGCUGAUGCUUUAUUUAGACAGAUGUCACCACCCCCUCCAUCUCCUUCCCCUCCUCCACUGUUCAGACUUUCUCCACGUGGUAGUUAUAGUGGCCCUGUCAACUACAGUGAACCUAGUAGCAAAGCACAAAAUAGUAAACAGAAACUGACAAAAGCAUCAUCCCUACCUGGAAAGAAUGGUAAUCCCACAUUCGCUGCUGUAACAGCAGGCUACGACAAGAGCCCAGGUGGAUGUGGCCCAGUGAAAAAUUCCACAAGCAUGUCUAGUCUCAGUGGAGCUACAUCUAUUUCUCAAGCACCUUCACUAGACAGUGAUGGUUCUGAUAGUUCUGGCUUAUGGAGCCCAAUAAGCAACCCUGGCAGUCCUGAGUUCUGUCCCCAAAAUUCCUUCUCAGCUUUUGGUCCAAACCAGAUAAACCUCACAGGAGCUGUUUUAGGUACUCUUGGUCUUUCCAAGCCAUCCUACAGUCAAGAUUCUCAUCGAAGCUGGAGUGAAUUUGAUCCCUUACCUUCACCACUGUGGGACAAACCCUCAUCUGAGCCUCUCACUCCUUGGCCUGCAGGCUCAGGUUCUCCAACUCAUCCAGCUGCAUCUCUUCUUGGAAGCUCAACUGGCCUGUGGUCUCCUACCAUUCCUUUUCAUGAUUCAAUCUGGUCCAACAGUGCUGACAGUGGACUUCCUUUUGCCACUUCAUCUGCUGCAAGCACCCUCUCCACCAGUGAACUAGCAGGGAGUGAAAACCCUAUGGGUAACAGGGUUGAAGAUAUCUGCAGAAGAAUCUGGAGUCCAACUGUUAGAAGGAGGAGCUCUAAUCCUUGGUUCAGCGCAUCAAACUUCCCCCUUGAAAAGUAAAUACCACAGCGACAAAAGCAAAAACAAUUUGAACAAAAGUGUAUCACAGGAAAACAGACUUUUUAAAACUAGCAAGCAUUUUUAUCACCACCUCAAAUAACUCCCAGUGUUUAAACUACAAUUAGCAAAAUCUGUUAUGAAGUCAUUUCUGUGAAUAUGGGUCGCACAAACUUGAUGUUACUGCUGCAACAAGUCAGUUUGCUGUUAAAGUAUUUUGAGUGAUUGGGUAAUUGACUGGAGAAGCUUGUUUUAUUUUUUUUUUUCAAAUAUAGGAUCUUUGCCAUAAACCAUUAUUUUGUAAGGAGAAGGGGGAAUUCAUUGUAUGGCAGACUGUUGUGUUUUAUGCUGUUCUUGAAACUGCAACAUUGGAGAUGGUUUAUAAAAAUGGGAGAAAUGAUUUUCCAGCAUUAUGUUCUCAACUUUAUUUUUAUUUUCAUUCAAAGCACUUAGUUAUAUACCAUUGGGAACAAUGGCAAGGGGAACAGGGAGUUCUUGUUGCAUUUAUGUAGCAAUGUUAUCCAUUUUCCAGACAAUAAAGCUGACUGUGGGUAAAAGUUUUCAUCUCUCUAAAAGCUGCAUCCCAACCUUUUUAUAUGCUGUUUGCAUUUUGAAAGGUGCAAAAUUCCAUUCAUUUUAAAUGUUCAGAACUGAAGGGUUCAGGAUUAAUUUUGCAAAGGUUAAAAUACGAUCCCUUUUGCAUUUCUUAUUCAGAUACAACUCAAGUUGUACUUCAAGACAAAUAAAAGUUUUUCUAAAAACA